AUGGCAACAGAAACACAAAGUGGAAUCGGUGCUUUCUGGGACAUUCGUGUGGAAUGUUUUGGGAAUGAGAAAAGGAUUGAUGAUUGUGUGCUCGAUCGUUCCAGCAAUCUCACUUGUUCCCAUAUGUCGCCAGUUGAAGACAUUUACCUUACAUGUGAACCAGUUACAGAUGGCGUUCUCAGACUGGAAAGAGGCAACAGUCAAUUUGUUGGGAGACUCGAGGUUUGGUACGAUGGAGAAUGGGGAACCGUUUGUGAGGACGAGUGGAGGAAUUUCCCACAAAACGCCCAAGUUGCAUGCAGACAACUCGGCUAUAGUGGAGGGGAUCAUAGGCGUGUUAACAAGAUGGUCAACCUAGCCGUCAAAUUCUGGAUAGAUGACCUGCAAUGUCAAAACAACGAACGUCGACUAUCCGACUGUAUGUUUAAAGGAUGGGGGAACGAGAACUGUUUCCAUGCAUUGUUUGACGAUGUAUUUCUUACUUGUAAACCGUACAGAGAUGGAUCAAUUCGGAUGAUCGGCGGAUCAAACAAGUAUGAAGGCAGAUUAGAGGUUUACGUAUCUGGAGAGUGGGGAGGAAUCUGUAUCAACAAAUGGGACGGAAACGUAUUAAAUGCACAUGUCGCUUGUAGGCAACUGAGCUUCACCGGAGGUACAUUUAGACAUUUAAAUAUUUCCGAGAGAGGGAUGGAGACAUUUUGGAUGGACAAUAUCGAAUGCAGAGGCGAUGAGGUUAACCUCGGAGAGUGUUUUUUCAAUGGAUGGGGCGUACACAAUUGCGCUCACUCUUCAAAUGGCGUGUUUCUUACCUGCAAUCCAAAUAAAGGUGACAUCAGGCUGUUAGGAGGGGCGAAUGAGUAUGAGGGAAGGGUCAGUAUAUUUCUUGAUGGCCGAUGGAACUUUAUUUGCGGUGGUAAUUGGAAUAACACUAAUGCUGCAAUCACCUGUCAGCAACUCGGACUCAAUGGUGGAAUUGCUACAAGCGUGCAGAAAAAUACAACGGAUUACAUCUUGGACGUUGAUUUGUACUGCCGUAGAAAUCCUAAAGAGCUUGUAACAUGCCCUACAAUAACUUCAUCUUGCAGUUCAAAUACAGUGGCGUUUGCUUUAUGCUAUGCACCAGGUAAAAGUAUCAAGACAUCCUUGCAAACAUAA